AGUGAUGUGAGAUCAGACAGGUAUCAAACUCCUGUCUCACUCCUCCUUUCAGACCAUUUUCAGUUAAACUGUCAGAGGAUCCUGAAGAAUAUUCAGAGAGUUUGUGAAGAGCUAAGUCAUGAUGUCUGAUUCCAGGGUGUCCUCAGUCAUCCAGGAGUGGGCCAGCUCAUACUCGGGGCAGGCCCACACCCUGAACCACAACACACCAAGCAGUCAGCUGGCUCAGAUGGACAUGGUACCGUACAGCCAGUCUCAGGGACUGGUGAGAGGGGGCAGCGAUGACAUGAUGGGACUGUCUUACCUGCCUUACUCAACUUCCUGUCUCAACAACUCGAGCGCAGGAAGCACAAACCACCAUCAGAGUCAUGCAAACACUCAGCAGGACUUCUCCUCCUUCCUCCUGCCAAGUCUGCGGACCCCAGUAAACAAGAGGAGCAUCAGCAAGGACAGCGCAGAGUACCGCCUGCGGCGCGAGAGGAACAACGUUGCAGUGAGAAAGAGCCGGGACAAGGCCCGCAGGAGAAUUAUGCUGACCCAGCAGAGGGCCAUGCAGCUGCAGGAGGAAAACCAGAAGCUGCUGAUGAGGAUAGGGCAGCUGACACAGGAGCUGGACUCUCUCAAACACAUCCUGUCACAGCGACACAUCCAGGGAUCUGACGACGGAGCAGCAGGGACGUCCAGUAUCUAGAGCCACAUUUGUACCUGGUUGUACACAUUACAUUCCCUAUAAGUGUCUAUAGGCCUCCUAAUGGCUCCUGGUUGAUUUUUCAAAUUAUCACCAAAAGGCUACUAAAGAAGUUAGGAUGUAAUGCCAGGUGUAAAAGGGCUCAGUUAUAGUUUCGUAUUGUAAAAUUGUGAGCAGAGAGAGCAUAACACCCUGGCAGGGCUGUAAAUGCCAUUGAGGUCACGGAGGUCAUGUCCUCUGUCUUUUUUUCUGGGGUUUAUUGCACAUUUAUAUUCUACAGUUGACUUUCAUAAAACACAGUAAACUGUUGCUAUUGGUUGCUUUUCCUGUUGGGCUCUCUGUACUUUUACAGCUGCUUCGAUUCAGUCUACAUUGAAAUACACACAAAAAUUGCAGUCGUUUAUUUAAAAUAACAAACAAUGGUUCUUCAAUUUCACAAAGAAGUGAACAAAAGCGGCUUCUCAUUUUUAGCAGACAAUCAGGGUCUUUAGUUGGCUGAAAUGACCAUCGCUGGCAGAUUUGAUCAGUUGUAACUUGCCAUGGGAACUUAUUGCUACGUCUGUCUUGCAGUUGACUUUUCAAGGAUUUCAGCUGCCUUUUUCUACACCCGCAAAACUCCUAAGAUAUAUGUCACUACAGUCCCAUCGUCAAACCUUAAAAAUGUGGAAAAAUCUAAAGCUUGACUCGUUGCUAAACUGGAUCUGAAACUGCUGUUGGGAGGCAGGGAUUUGGCUGAUAGUCAAUUUGGUUCCUGGCAGUGUGGAUUAGGCUUUAAAACAGCAUUUCAUGGUGGUAAAUAACAGACAAUGUGCAGUAUCAAUUAACUGAAUGAAUAAAAUGUUUUCAAAGAUCCAUAUAACCUAAUAUUUUAGACUUCAUUUUUGGUGUGUGGCUCAGAAUUUUCUGAGUGAGGGGGAAAUUCCUCACGGCCUCAGUGUUUCUGAAAUAAUGGCUACCGCCCUGCGCACUGGACCUUUGAAUAAUUGAACUAAGCAACAGAAUACACAAGUAGGAAGACGUGUGGUGGGUUUGAAUGUAGAUGUAAUUGUAUUUUCCAAACUGUGAGUGACAAGACAGAAGAGUGCACAGAACCCUUAAGCGAGUUUGUGCAUAUCAAGAUUUGUAAAACGACUAUGUGAGAUGGGAGAAGUUGUACCACAGCUCUUGAAAUCCUCAAUACUGCACUAAUGUGCCCAGAAACCAAAAGUCCUGAAGGUUAAAAGGUGUAUAUACUUCAAUAUAGCAAAUUCAAAAUGAACUUUCCUAAAAGGUCCUGACUACAACAUCUUCACAUACAUGCAUAAUCCUCAGGAGACCAUUCUGUGCAUUAGACAGAUUUGUCUUUUGAUUUAACAAACAUUGCCCAAUCAUCGACACUUCUUGUCAUUGUCAGAUAUGAUUGUAAGUGUUGUUGCCCAACAAGGUUACACAACCACCUGUGGUUUGUAGGGGAUUCAAUGAAAUCUAAGUGUAUACUCUGUAUAUUAGUCUAUCUUUUGUCACUAAAUGAGUGUGGGAUUACUUGAAAUGAUGUUGACGCAGAUUUAAAUAACAUGUAAUCUUGCCGUGUUGUGUUUUAUUUUAUUGUAAUGUACUGUUAAAGCAAUACUUUGUCACAUAUUUUCUUUAAAUAAACAAA